AAGGUCACCACCUUUCCCUCUUUCUCUGCGAGCGAAGAACCUAAGAACGAGAUAGCAAGUGUGGAGUUGUCAGAAUUCAAUGACGGAAAAAGUGCCUCAAAAUUUGCCAAUGUGCAUGUGUAUGUAAGUGGUUGACAUUGAAAAAUUUGUUUAUCGUGCGUUUUAUUUUUAUUGAAGUGUUCGCGAGGUCCUUCGAUUUCCGUGCGAAUUCGGAUUGAGGAGAUGGGAAGUCAUUCAACCAGUUUUGCAUCCACUUUGAAUUGAAAACAGCAAUCGUUGUACAGCUCUUGCAGUGUCAUUUCGGAAGCAGCCUCCAUUGUGGAAGCAUUCUCAGGUUGUCGUGAUGCUGAAGUAACCACAAGCCUCUGCUAGGCGACCAUGAAGAUUCUCGCCUGGCUGGGAUUUAUGGCACCUUCUCGUAAAAAGAAAACGAGAAAUUUUCUUCCUUCCAUCAACCCUCAACCAUUGUAGAACAAUCUAGAAAUGCCUAUAGAAUUCCAAAACGGAGCUCAAGGAGGAGCGGAGAACAACAAUAAUCGAGGGAGGAAUUUCAAUCCCUUGAUCAAUGUUCGUGAUCGAUUGUUCCACGCCUUAUUCAUAAAAAUAGCGCUCACCUACUCUCGCACUUUUCCAAAACCUGCUCGUAGGUUUUUGGAGUUCUGCGUUUUAGUCAAGGCUGUUUUUGCGUUUUUCAUUCUUGCUUACAUUCAUCUAGCAUUUUCAAGGACCCCCACUGACUGUCUUGGUCAUAUCCGUGAUACAUGGCCUCGCGAUGGUAUUCUACGCGUGGAGAUUUUACGGAAUGGAGCCGAAGAAAACACAGUCGAAAGUUCCUACGAGCGAGAAUUGAGGUUGAAGCGAGAAAAACGUGAAGAUAUUUCAUCUAUAUUGGGAAAGACCAUUUUGGCAAAAUUUCAAAAUGAUGAUUGGGGAGAAGUCAUUAAUAUUGAGCCAUCUUCAACGGAUGAUAUUGUCCCUGAGCAGAACAUAAUUAUAAAUGAGAACGCAACAGAAUCAAAUACAACGGAGAAUCCUUCGCUGAGCAAGAUACUCUCUCUUUCGAAUACAACAAUAUCGACAACAAAAUUGAGCAUUGAUGCAACGGGAGUGAGCGGAUGGAGAGAAACCGGAGAUGUGGGCUUACCAAAACAGAAGCACAUCACGCCCAUCUCCAACGAGACAAUGUUGCCGUCAGAAAAAGAUCUCUAUGAGUCGCCUUUCAAAUUCUCGGUUUCGAAGAUGGAGAACUUUGUCAAAGCAGUCUGGCCGGAAGAGGAAUAUAUACUGGAGUAUUCUUUGGAGUAUGGUUUUUUACGUUUAACACCCCCCACAAGGCAGAAGCUCAAUAUUCCUGUCAAGAUAGUCACUCUGGAUCCGAACAAAGACAAGUGCUUUGGUGAUGCUUUCAGUAGAUUUUUGCUGGAGGAGUUUCUAGGUUACGAUGAUUUGUUGAUGGCAUCAAUCAAAAAUUUAGCAGAAACUGAAGACAACAAGGGAUACUUAAGAAAUGUUGUAACUGGAGAACAUUAUCGAUUUGUCAGUAUGUGGAUGGCUCGUACCUCAUACAUCUCAGCUUUUUUCAUUAUGUUAGUUUUUACUGUUUCAAUUUCAAUGUUACUUAGGUACUCCCAUCAUCAAAUCUUUAUUUUUAUUGUUGAUUUGUUGCAAAUGUUGGAAUUCAAUGUGGCGAUUACAUUCCCCGCAGCACCUCUGUUGACAGUCAUUCUUGCUCUAGUCGGAAUGGAGGCGAUAAUGUCGGAGUUCUUCAACGACACGACGACAGCGUUUUACAUUAUCCUCAUCGUGUGGGUGGCUGACCAAUACGACGCCAUCUGCUGCCAUUCGCCCAUCACCAAGCGCCAUUGGCCCAAGUUCUUUUAUUUGUAUCAUUUUUCAUUUUACGCUUAUCACUAUCGGUUUAACGGACAGUACAGUGGAUUGGCGCUUGUUACCUCGUGGCUAUUUAUCCAGCACUCGAUGCUCUACUUCUUCCACCACUACGAGCUGCCGCUGAUCGAGCAGCACGCCCAGGUGCAGCUGGUGGUCCGCUCGCAGGUGAACCGGGCGCAGAACGGGAGCAACAGCGGCGGCGGGGUCGUCACCACGACCGCGGGGCGGGGAGGCGGCGAGCAGCGCCUCCGCAUCAACACCACCCUCCCGACCUUCGAGGCCAUCGCCGAAGACCUCCUCGGCAUGCCCACCUCCGCCACGCCCAACAUGUCGCGCAUCCGCUCCUUCUUCGGCUCCGUCCAGCUCUCGGCCACCUCCUCCAACAACAACAACAGCCCCACGGCCACCAACAACAACACCGCCGCCCUCGAGCCGCCGCGAACGACCGAGGAGGACGCGGAGGCGGCGGGCGCCGCCUCCGCCCAGGAGGAGAUUCAGAUGAGUUCCUUCGUCGUUGUGCCCAGGGACGAGGCCGACAGCCCCGAGGCGGAUCCUGAGGAGUCGACGCGGACCGGUUCUGAAGACGGGGACGCCGCGGCUGUGCAGUGAGACCGGUUCGGCGCCUGCGUUCGGGAUUGCGCUGGACCGCCGUCGAAGGCGGCUGCUGGGAGAUUGGCUCUCCCUCAACUUAGCGAGCAUGGA